AUGGCAUCUCGGAUCCCCCCGUCUCUUGCUGGAUCUGCGCACCGCGCUAACAUCUUGAAGAUGUGGCGGCACGCGAUUGCAGUGCGCGUGGGACGCUUUAACGAGGUAGAGCAGUGUGCUAUGCGCUCCCCCCGUGCGUCGCUCGGCUUCUCCCCUCUGCGACCGCCCGUGGCUAAGCCGCCCAGCAAGAAGCCCAGGCCCAGGGAUGUGAUGGGUACCGCCGCUACUGUGAAGCCGAGAGCGGUGCACAGCGGUCAAGCGACCGUCGCAGCUGUAGCAGCGAAAGCCACGCCAGUCAAGGCGACGCCAGUAAAGGCGACGCAAGCUAAGGCGACGCUGGCCAAGGCGACGCCAGCCAAGGCGACGCCAGCCAAGGCGACGCCAGCCAAGGCGACGCAAGCUAAGGCGACGCAAGCUAAGGCGACGCAAGCUAAGGUGCUGCCAGCUAAGGUGCUGCCAGCUAAGGCGUCGCCAGCGAAGGUGACGCCAGCUAAGGUGAUGCCACCAGCUAAGGCGUCACGUGCAAGUCCUACUGUCGCGGUCGGUGUGAAAGCUGCAGGUGCAAGCAGCCCAGCAGCAGCAGCAGCACCAGCCACUUCAGCUCCCCACAGCCCGAAGAGUGUUGUGGGAGAGAUGGGAGGAGUGGUGGAGGAAUGUGGCACAGGAGGGGCGAAGGGAGCAGUGGAAGAGUUGAGAAAGGCAUUUCUAUUUCAAACCCGUCCCUGUUGCCUGUCAACGCUCAUGAUUUCAGUGCCUCCCGCUCUGCCUCCUGCUCUACCUUUUCUAUUCCCCUCUUUCCUGCCCUUUCACUUCUUUUCCCUUCUCAACCAGUCAACCUUCAGAAUCCCCCUCGUCUGGUUACCCUCCAUAUCACUUCAUUCUCAUCCCUCGCUUGCUCCCUCUGUCCUUUUUCUUAUGCCUCUGGCAUAG